AGGGGUGGCGUCCCCGGGUCCCUGAAAGGCGCGCAGCAGGCGGGACCCACGCAGUCCAGCUCUUCUGUGUGCUGCAGCCUAGCCACCCUCGUCGGACCCAGAGCCGCCAUGCCCAAGUGUCCCAAGUGCGACAAGGAGGUGUACUUCGCCGAGCGGGUGACGUCCCUGGGGAAGGACUGGCAUCGGCCUUGCCUGAAGUGUGAGAAGUGUGGAAAGACACUGACCUCGGGGGGCCAUGCCGAGCACGAAGGCAAACCCUAUUGCAACCACCCCUGCUACUCCGCCAUGUUCGGGCCCAAAGGCUUUGGGCGGGGUGGAGCUGAGAGUCACACUUUCAAGUAAAUCCAGGCUGUGGUGACCCCACCCCUGGACUUCCGCCAGACCACUGUCCCUCCGGGCUGAUGAUUGCUGGCCUUAACCCUGGGUACCUGGGGCUCCCCUGUUAUCCAGCACCCUCAAUAAACCCAGUGCUGGGAAGA